AUGAAGACUGAGGUCCGAGUUCAGGUGGAGAGAGGCAGGGCCAGGCGCUCCUUCAGAGGAGUCCUGCACAGGUCAGCAGGCUGCUCUGACCCCCUCAGGUCGAGGCAGGUCAGAGGUCACCUGGUGGAGGGGGGGUGCAGUCUGGGUGCGUUUGCUUCCGGUCUGCUGCUGGCGGCUCUGUACGGCGUUUCCUGCCUCCUCCUGCAGCGGCAGCCGCUCUGGUCCUGCGUCUUCAUCACCCUCAGCCUCGCAGCCAUUGCCUCCUUCGGGAUGGGUCUCUCCGCCGGGGUCCGGACCGCCGUCUGCGUGAUGCUGCCUUCACUGUGUGCAGCUCAGGGCAGGAAGUUCCUCCUGUUCCUGUUCAUGUCGGCGCUGCUUAGCGGUCCUCUCACCAACACGCUGGAAAACACAGAGCGCGCCGCCGCCAGCCUGCUGUGUGGAGCUGAGCUCGCAGCCAAUCAGACGCAAGAGCUGCUGCAGAGAGCGGCCACGCCCCUUUUCUCGGUGUUGGACAGGCUCAGGGAGGUCAGCAGUAAUGCUCAUGCUGCAGCCGGGCGCGUGCGGAGCCUCAUCGACGCUCUGACCGACAGCGUCCGCCACGUCGCACGGACUCUGAGGAACGUCCUCCACUUCCUGGUGGACAUCGGGGACUUGUGCAACGCUGAAAUGGGUUCCCCGUACAGGAAGUGUCGGGCGGUGUUCACCGAGGCGCGGGACGACUGCUCCGAGCUGCUUGGAGAAUUCAACUUCCUGUGUGACAUCGUGGACGGCUUCCUGCCGCUCUGCAGCCUCGCCCGCGCCGGCGAGCUCUUCUGCAUCAUCCCGUCCUAUAUCGCCGAGCACCUGAAGAAGCGGCUGGCAGCGCCCACGGUGGCAGCGUUCCAGCGGAUGAAGCAGGAGUUUGACUUCAACAUCUCGGCCUCCGUGACCUUCGACCUGGACGCCAACAGCAGCCGCUCACUGCAGCAGAUUUCUCAGGACCUCAUGCAUGACGUUUCCUCAGAGCUGAAGCUGUUUCAGAUGCUCAGCGCGCCGCUGGCAUACGGAGGCUUCCUGCUGCUCCUCUGCUGCUUCCUGAGGGCGGUGCGGUACAGACGCAGGUAUCUCCGUGAGCUCGACUUUGAUAACGUCUACCUUUGCGCUCAGUUUGAAGAGCUUGACCGUCAGGUUACCUGCAGGGGCGGAGCCUCAGUGCUGCCAAUCACUUGCAGGGAGGCCAAGACCUACAUCAGACCACUGUCCCUGCAGCAGUCGGCCCGGGAGCGGCGGGCCGUGUUUGGGGGCGUCGCCUCGGUGUUCAAACACCUGGUGAUGGGAGGCCUGCUGGUGGCGCUGGACUUCCUGGUGUUCUGGACGCUGGACCAGGUGAACCACCAGGUUAAGGGGGACGUGGUGGCUCGAGCCCCGGUGGCGGUGGCGUUGCAGGUGAACGGAUCCGGUUACGCUUCGGACAUCUUCAGGGAUCUGGUGGCGUCGUUCGACGUCCUGCAGCGAGGGAACGUCACGGUACUCAGCAGGAAGUGCCUGCAGCCGCCUUCGGAGCCCGACCACGCCAACUGCUUCCUGCUGGGUUUCCUGUUGGGUCUGGCUCUGCUCGUAUCUCUGACCGGAGGAUUCAUGCAGCGCUGCAGACGACUGGUCUGUGCUUCAUAUCAUCCAGAGAGAGAGCUGGAAAGAAUCUGGUUCCUCCGGCAGCAAAUCCUGGACCAGAGGAGUGAGGAGGGGAGAGCCCUGAGGAAGUCUGCAGCCUGGGGGGGAGUAGGAGGAAGAGGGGGGAGGCGCCUUCACACUCUGCUGCUGCAGUUACCUGGCGGGGGUCACCUGUCUCACCUGCUGGGUCUGUCUGCAGUCCGCUGUCUGUCCUGUGGGGAGGAGGUGAGACAGGAGGACGACAACAUGGCCUCCUGCCAGGUUCCGCAGUGUCCAGGCGUGUUCUGUCGGCCAUGUUUCCACAGUUUGGGAAACAUGUGUGUUGUCUGCACUCGUCCCCUGACCUUCCAGGAAGAGGAGGAGGAGGAGGAGGAGGAGGAGGAGCAGGAGCAGCAGUGAGUGAUACUGUAGAAAAUACUC